ACAAGUGGUUUGUGAAUGUGGUUCUUGGUGACGGACACACUUAAACUCUGGCCCUGCCACUCGGGAGCUGGGUGACUUUGCUCAGGUUUCUUGAAUGAGCCUCAGGUCAUUCUGGGCACAGGGAUGGGACCACCUAGUCAGACUGGUGAGAGCGUGAGUGACACAGUAAAGUGCACAGUGCCGUGGCCAGCGUAGAACGGCCUGGCUAAAUGAGACCUUUUACUCUUAAUAACGAGGAUGACCAUGGGGAUUUGUGCCAAAGGAAACUUCAAGAGCAGAGUGACAGUUUGUCACGGCCACAGUGAGCCCUGCAGCCAUGCAGAGCACAGCCUCUGGCUAGGGAGGUGCCCGCCGGUGCUGGGCUGCCGGGGCUGGGGAUGCUUCACGCUGGGGCUGGGAGGAAAACGGCAGCGAGGCCAGGACGCAGCCCAGACAGGGCAUGACCAUGAGAUCUCGUGUGCUCUGUCCUCCGACUGCAGGAGACCGUGCCCUUUGGAGACGCGGUGCUGGCCACCCAGGACACCUGCAUUGGGAGCGAGAUCUGCGAGGAGCUCUGGACCCCCCACAGCCCGCACGUGCACAUGGGCCUGGAUGGUGUGGAGAUCUUCACCAACGCCUCGGGCAGCCACCAUGUCCUGCGGAAAGCCCACGCCAGGGUGGAUCUGGUGACCAUGGCCACCACCAAGAACGGUGGGAUCUACUUGCUGGCCAAUCAGAAGGGCUGUGACGGGGACCGGCUCUACUAUGACGGCUGCGCCCUGAUCGCGAUGAACGGCCACAUUUUCGCACAGGGCUCCCAGUUCUCCCUGGACGAUGUGGUAAGAGUGAGCUCGAGCACGCCCAUGGGAGUGGCCGUGCUGUGGGGGGCAGGCUGUGUGGUGGCAGUGGAGUGGGGACCCCGGGGUCCCCCCGGGAAGACGUGGGACCGGGGCCUCCUCAGGAAUAAGCAGCCAUGGUCCCGGUCCCCGUGGCGAGGAGGGUCGUUGGACAGGGGCCCCUCAUCCCCAGGAGCGGAGCAGAGGGGAGCUCAGGCCACUCGAGACCCACUCGCUCUUCCCCGCGCGUCCAGGCCCAUGUGUGUUCACUGCAGGCCUGGUGCCACCCUGCCCCCGUGUCCUGGGAGCCCCGAUGCUCCUCUGGGGGAGGCCUCACUCUGUGGGGCCGUGUGGUCUCACUGGACACAGCCAGCCACUGGGGCCAGUCGUGUCUGCACAGGGAGCAGUGGGGUGCGCUCAGAAGGGCCGUCGCUACAGUCCCCUGGCACAGGGACAGGAGAGGGACAAGCUGAGGGGCCCGGGCCUCGUGGAGCUGCUGGAAACUCGCCCUCCUCCUCUGGAGGAUGUGGGUGUGGGCGCCGUCUAUCCUGCUAGUCCGUCUGGCCACGUUGGAUGUGAAUGUCCUUCCCGGUGGAGGCGUCUGAAGAGAAAGUCCUUAUGAAGAAUGGUUUGCUCUCACUUUUGUUUUUUUCACUUUUAAAGUCAAAGCAAAAGGAAAUGGCUGUUAUUGCCAGAAAUGGGCACGAAUGCCGGUCCUGCUGCAGGUCCAAAUCAUCAGCCUGUGUUCACUGUGGGCCCUCACACGGCGUCAGCCAUCCUGACUCUGAAUCCACCUGCCUUCGGGGACCGGUGGAAAUGCUAAUUCAGAGGCAGAAGGUGGCAGCGCGAGCUCAUGUCACGUCAUAAAUCCUCCGCAGCUCUGGCCUAAUUCACUACUUUUGUGCCCACAUCAGUAACGUGACGUCUGGUACCUUCGCAGCCUUGCUGGGGUUGUUGGCAAGGAAGUGGUUAUAAAACCAAACUUGAGUUUCAGAGCGGAGCCAGCGAAUUCCAUGCUGCUUUCUUGUCAGAGGAGGGGCGGGAGUCUGGCAGCAGGGACGCUCCCUCCCUCCCCCACGGUCCCCCAGGCCCUGCUUGUGCGUGACAGCAUCCCCAGAGGCCUCCAAGUGCCAGUGUUAGCCACAAUCAAGACGGAAGGGUCUGAAGAAAAAGUCAAGUUCUUGCAAAAGGCAUUGCAUCUCCCUCUGUCCCACUGGAAUGCCCAACUAUCUUUAGGCUGGGUCAAUGUGGCUGAGACGAUGGGCCGCACGUCAGAGCCGUGGGCACCUUGCCCUGGACUGACUGGCAGUGGACUUGGAGUCACCUGCACCAGGAAAAGCAGGUG